GGUAUACCUGGAGAUGGGAGAUGCAUGUUUCGUUCUGUUGCUCAUGGAGCUUGUUUAAGAUCAGGAAAGGUUCCCCCUGAUGAAAAACUUCAAAGGCAAUUAGCGGAUGAAUUGAGAGAAAAAGUGGUAGAUGAAUUUAUCAGGAGACGUGAAGAGACUGAAUGGUUCAUUGAAGGUGAUUUUGACAAAUAUGUUGCUCAAAUGAGGAAGUCUCAUGUAUGGGGAGGUGAACCUGAAUUGUUAAUGGCUUCUCACGUUCUCCGGAUGCCUAUCACAGUGUACAUGUAUGACCAAAAGCAUCGUGGCC